GUGGAUUUCGCAUUCAAAGGAUUCCUUCUCUGUCUCAUGGCAUCCGUUCUGAGUGGGGCCAGAUGGACCUUGGUACAACUCAAAAUCCAAAAGAUGGACCCGCCGUUAAAGACGUCGGUUGCCACCAUGAGAGUAUUGGCUCCCUUUAUGUGUGUUACCAUGGUCGUGGUUUCCAUUUUGCUGGAAAACCCACGGGAGAAACUAAAAGAUUACAUGGAUUCCUGGAAAACAAUUUCCUUUGUUCUCGGACUGGGAAUGGGAGGAGCCUGUUUGGCCGUCUUGAUGAUCCUUUGCGAAUUCUAUUUGAUCAUGCACAGCAAUGCCGUGGUGUUGAUGAUUGGAGGUGUCAUUAAAGAAAUUCUCACCAUCUUUAUUGGUGUCGGAUUCUUUGGAGACACAAUCAAUUUCGUCAACUUUUUGGGCUGUUGUGUCGUCUUUGCAGGAGUCAUUCUGUACAAGGUGACUCAUCAUAUGGAGAAACCAGCGGACGGCGAACACAUCCCCAUACCGACAAUGGACAAGGAUUUCAGCGAAAAUGACAAUAAUGCACUGAACGGUAAGGAACGGCUACAGCCUGACUCUGGUGGACUGGAUAGUAGCGAUCGAUUCCUGGACGAGGAUUCCGAAAGAUGGAGGGAACGCGAAAAGGAUGGCAUAGAACUGCCUGCCUCCAAUUCACUUCGAAGUCGUAACAGCAGCGAUGGUACCAAUGCCAAUGCCAGUCCCAAGACCACCAAGAUGAUGAUCGUCUAG